AAAAUUAUCAUUAUUUCAUAUUUGCUGGUGAAAUAUCUAAUUUGUAGUGAAUUCAGAUUUACAGCUUAUUGCGACUGUUUUCUUUGUUCUUAUUAAAACCAAUUUGUCACUCACAAGGGUCAACCAGUGAAAUAAAUUAUGGUUAAAAAAAGGAAAAGUGUACUGAAGUCUUCAACACAAGUUGUUGACUCACCAAUGAAAGAACCAAGGAUUAUAAGAGGUAAUCAUUUAGAAAAGGCUCGUAACAGUUUAAAUGAAGCUCUUGAUAUUAUUGCAAAGAAAGAGCAUAAGAAAUCCGAUGAUGUGAUAGAUAAUGAUGUUUUAAUUGUCGAAGAAAAUGAUACAAAUAAACGAGUAAAGAAAAACGAAUCCAAGCAGGAAGUUAAAGAUUCAUUAGUAUUAAAAUUACGAGAUCGCAGUAUUGAUUUAGCUUCUUUUACCAAUAAUUCAGCUAUGUACUCUAUAUGUCGAGCUUGGAUAAAAAAUGAUCCAUUAUCAGCAAGACAAGUAAAAAGUAAGAAAUCAGAAAAUUUGGAACGUUCAAUUAAAAGUGAUAAUGAAUCAUCUACAAUUGAAGAUUAUGUCUAUAAAUUACCACCUCCUAAAAGUAGACCUGAAGAUGAGACAGAUAUAAUUCAUAGAGUACCUACGAAUUUACCAAAGGAUGUAAUAUCCACCUUAGAUAUUAAAACUAAUAUUGAAGAAAUUCCUAACGUUAGUGAAUUACUUAAUGAGCACAGGAAAAGAUGGGUUUGUAUACGACAGCAAUGGAUUAAAUUCAGUAAUGAAAAUGAAGCCCGCUACUCUAUGUCAAAAAACAUUUUGAAUUCAAUGUUAAACAAAGAUAAUAAUGUUUAGUACCAUCAAUAUACCAGCCUAAAGAAGCAUAAUAUUUUUUAUCAAUUUUAACUUUAGUUUAACAUUAUGUUUGUUGUAUAAAAUUAAUUUUAUUGUGUAUUGGAAAUUUAAC